AUGGUUAGCUUUUUCUAAUAUACUUUGGCAAAAUAGUAGGUGUUUUUCACAUCCUCCUGUACACGAAUGAACUUUUAAACCGUUUUUUCGUCUAAGAAAAAGUGCUUUCUCUCUGUGGCCUGUGUUUAUUUCCUCUUCAAGUGUGCGUGUAAUGUUAGGGGAUUCGCGAGCGCUUUCUUUCUUUUGGGAAAGCUAGCUAACGGUUAUUAGCUAACGGUUGCUAGCGUGUUCUGCAAAUUAGUAUUCAAUGUGCCUUUUGUGGUGGUCUUGAGUCGAUGCAUAAGCGUGCAACGCCUCUUAGCAAUGUAAUGCUCCCCACUUUGAUUUCAUAAAACUCGUUUUUAAUUCACAAAUAUUAUCGCAGUAUACAAACAUUGUGCUAGCCGACGCUUGUUAUGAUGUCAUCAAUGUGCGCCCGGUAAGAGGCAUGUUUGUGGAUCUGUUACCGAUUUCCGAAACGCUAAUUUUUUCGUAAAAAUGCUGAUUUUUGCCUACAUUUAAUGCACAUUUUACGUUAAUUUCUUCAUUUGAAAUGAAUGACAACGGAUAUUUUCUUCCCGCAUGUUUGCAGUGUACAUGAGAUCACACUGAGAUCUGUGCCGACUGCUGUCUGCCCCUUUCCCCACAGCAGUCCGGUCUGUCCCAUCUGCCACCAUGGCCUUUGUGCCCGCGCCCGCGCCCAGCCCCACUGUGGUCGACCAGACUACACUCAUGAAGAAGUACCUGCAGUUUGUGGCAGCACUCACAGACGCUAACACACCUGAUGAAACAAAGCUGAAGAUGAUGCAGGAGGUCAGCGAGAACUUUGAAAAUGUGACAUCUUCGCCUCAGUACUCCACCUUCUUGGAACACAUCAUCCCUCGCUUCCUCACAUUUCUUCAGGAUGGAGAGGUGCAAUUCCUGCAAGAAAAACCUACACAGCAAUUGAGGAAGCUGGUGCUGGAAAUCAUCCACCGCAUUCCAACAAAUGAGCACCUUCGUCCUCACACCAAGAACGUCCUGUCUGUGAUGUUCCGAUUCCUGGAGAUUGAAAAUGAGGAAAAUGUGCUGAUAUGCCUUCGCAUCAUUAUUGAGCUGCACAAACAGUUCCGGCCUCCAAUUUCCCAGGAGAUUCAUCACUUUCUGGACUUUGUGAAGGAGAUUUACAAAGACCUUCCAAAAGUAGUUGCCAGGUACUUCGAGAACCCCCAGGUGAUAGCGGAGAACACGGUUCCCUCCCCGGAAAUGGUAGGCAUGAUCACGUCAGUGCUGGUCAAGACGGCACCAGAGAGGGAAGACAGCGAAACACGAACACACACCAUCAUCCCACGGGGGUCCUUGUCUCUCAAGGUGCUGGCAGAGCUGCCUAUCAUAGUGGUGCUGAUGUAUCAGCUAUAUAAGCUGAACAUUCACAAUGUGGUGUCAGAGUUUGUGCCCCUCAUCAUGAACACCAUCAUGCUCCAGGUGUCUCCGCAGGCCAGGCAACACAAGCUUUAUAACAAGGAGCUGUACGCAGACUUCAUUGCUGCUCAGAUCAAGACUCUGUCAUUUCUAGCCUACAUCAUCCGAAUCUACCAGGACCUGGUAGGGAAGUACUCUCAGCAGAUGGUAAAGGGAAUGCUGCAACUGCUGACCAACUGCCCCUCUGAGACGGCUCACCUCCGCAAGGAACUGCUCAUUGCAGCCAAGCACAUCCUCACUACUGACCUUCGUAGCCAGUUCAUACCUUGUAUGGAUAAACUCUUCGAUGAAUCCAUCCUGAUCGGUUCUGGUUACACCGCUCGGGAGACUCUGAGACCCUUGGCCUACAGCACGCUAGCAGACCUGGUGCACCAUGUUCGUCAGAACUUGCCCCUGACGGAUCUAUCUCUAGCUGUGCAGCUCUUCGCCAAAAACAUUGAUGACGAGUCACUUCCCAGCAACAUCCAGACCAUGUCCUGCAAGCUGCUGCUCAACCUGGUGGACUGCAUUCGUUCAAAGUCGGAGCAGGAGAACGGCAAUGGACGGGACAUCCUGAUGAGGAUGCUGGAGGUGUUUGUGCUGAAGUUUCACACCAUCGCACGUUACCAGCUCGUCUCCAUCUUCAAGAAGUGCAAGCCUCAGUCAGAGAUGGGUGUCGUCGACCCGGGGGUGUUACCCGGGGUGCCGGCCACACCCACUCCGUCCACCACCCCCGCCAUUCCACCUCCCGCUCCUCCCACGCCCGUUGCCGCUCCGCCUGCGCCCCCAACGGCGUCCUUCGACCGAGCUAGCGAGAAGGAAGACAAGCAGACUUUUCAGGUGUCGGACUGCCGCAGCUUAGUCAAGACUCUGGUGUGCGGCGUGAAGACGAUCACUUGGGGCAUCACCUCUUGCAAGGCCCCGGGAGAGGCUCAAUUCAUUCCUAACAAGCAGCUUCAGCCAAAAGAGACACAAAUCUACAUUAAGCUGGUAAAAUAUGCCAUGCAGGCCUUGGACAUCUACCAGGUUCAGGUUGCCAAUAACCAGCAGACGUACAUCAGGGUGGCCAACUGUCAGACUGUGCGCAUGAAAGAGGAGAAAGAAGUUCUGGAGCACUUUGCCGGGGUCUUCACCAUGAUGAACCCCCUCACUUUCAAGGAGAUCUUUCAGACAACUGUGCCGUACAUGGUGGAGAGGAUCUCCAAGAACUACGCGCUGCAGAUUGUGGCAAAUUCGUUCCUGGCCAACUUGUCGACGUCUGCACUAUUUGCCACCAUCCUAGUGGAGUAUCUUCUGGAGAGACUACCAGAGAUGGGCUCCAACGUUGAGCUCUCAAACCUUUACCUCAAGCUCUUCAAACUAGUGUUCGGCUCGGUGUCACUGUUUGCUGCUGAAAACGAACAGAUGCUCAAGCCACACCUCCACAAGAUCGUGAACAGCUCCAUGGAGCUGGCCCAAUCAGCUAAGGAACCCUACAACUACUUCCUGCUUCUCCGGGCACUCUUCCGUUCCAUUGGUGGAGGCAGUCAUGACCUGCUCUACCAGGAGUUCCUGCCCCUUCUACCUAACCUGCUUCAAGGUCUCAACAUGCUGCAGAGUGGCCUUCACAAGCAGCACAUGAAGGAUCUGUUUGUGGAGUUGUGUUUGACCGUGCCGGUGCGGCUGAGCUCCUUGCUGCCCUACUUGCCCAUGCUCAUGGAUCCGCUGGUGUCUGCCCUCAAUGGCUCUCAGACUCUGGUCAGCCAGGGCCUUCGCACUCUGGAGCUGUGCGUGGACAACCUACAGCCCGACUUCCUCUACGACCACAUUCAGCCUGUUAGGGCCGAGCUCAUGCAGGCCUUGUGGCGUACCCUCCGUAAUCCGGCUGAGAGCAUCUCUCACGUAGCGUACCGGGUGUUGGGAAAGUUUGGUGGCAGCAACAGGAAGAUGCUGAAGGAGUCUCAGAGGCUGCACUAUGUGGUGACUGAGGUCCAGGGGCCGAGCAUCAAGGCCGAAUUCACCGACUGCAAGGCGUCCAUACAGCUACCCAUGGAGAAGGCGAUAGAAACGGCUCUUGACUGUCUGAAGAGUGCCAACACAGAGCCCUACUACAGACGACAGGCCUGGGAGGUCAUUAAGUGUUUCCUGGUGGCCAUGACCAGUCUGGACGACAACAAGCACGCUCUCUACCAGCUUCUGUCUCAUCCCAACUUCGCUGAGAAGUGGAUCCCCAAUGUCAUCAUCUCUCACCGCUACAAAGCACAAGACACGCCCGCCCGCAGAACUUUUGAGCAGGCCCUGACUGGGGCUUUCAUGUCCGCUGUGAUAAAGGACCUGAGGCCCAGCGCGCUGCCCUUCGUAGCCAGCCUGAUUCGCCACUACACCAUGGUCGCUGUGGCUCAGCAGUGUGGUCCGUUCCUGCUGCCAAGCUACCAGCUGGGCAGCCAGCCGAGCACGGCCAUGUUCCACAGCGAGGAGAACGGCUCAAAGGGAAUGGACCCGCUGGUUCUGAUCGACGCCAUAGCUAUCUGCAUGGCGUACGAGGAGAAGGAGCUGUGUAAGAUUGGGGAGGUGGCCCUGGCGGUCAUCUUCGACGUCGCCAGCAUUAUCCUUGGCUCCAAGGAGAGGGCUUGCCAGCUGCCCCUGUUCUCCUACAUCGUGGAGCGUCUGUGCGCCUGCUGCUAUGAGCAGGCCUGGUACGCCAAGCUCGGCGGUGUGGUGUCCAUCAAGUUCCUCAUGGAGAGGCUGCCUCUGAUCUGGGUGCUGCAGAACCAGCUCACCUUUCUCAAGGCCCUUCUCUUCGUGAUGAUGGACCUCACGGGAGAGGUGUCGAAUGGCGCCGUGGCCAUGGCUAAGACCACCCUGGAGCAGUUGCUCGUGCGCUGUGCCACUCCGCUGAAAGACGAGGAGAAGACCGAGGAGCUGCUGGCCGCCCAGGACAAGUCUUUCCACAUGGUCACGCACGACCUGGUGCGAGAGGUCACCUCCCCCAACUCAACUGUCAGGAAGCAGGCCAUGCACUCCCUGCAGGUGCUCGCCCAGGUCACCGGCAAGAGCGUCACCGUCAUCAUGGAGCCACACAAAGAGGUUUUGCAAGAUAUGGUUCCUCCGAAGAAACACCUGCUCCGCCACCAGCCUGCCAACGCCCAGAUUGGCCUGAUGGAGGGCAACACCUUCUGCACCACCCUGCAGCCCCGUCUCUUCACAAUGGACCUCAAUGUCAUGGAGCACAAGGUCUUCUACACAGAGCUGUUGAACCUGUGUGAGACGGAGGAUGCUGCUCUGAUGAAGCUGCCCUGCUACAAGAGCCUUCCCUCCCUCGUUCCCCUCCGCAUCGCUGCUCUCAAUGCCCUUGCAGCUUGUAAUUACUUACCACAGUCCAGAGAGAAGAUCAUUGCUGCCCUGUUCAAAGCCCUCAACUCCACCAACAAUGAGCUGCAGGAAGCGGGCGAGGCGUGUAUGAGGAAGUUCCUGGAAGGCGCAACCAUUGAGGUGGACCAGAUCCACACUCACAUGCGGCCCCUGCUGAUGAUGCUGGGGGACUACCGCAGCCUGACGCUCAAUGUGGUGAACCGGCUGACCUCCGUCACUCGCCUUUUCCCCAACUCCUUCAACGACAAGUUCUGUGAUCAGAUGAUGCAACACCUUAGGAAGUGGAUGGAGGUAGUUGUAAUGACACACAAGGGAGGCCAGCGAAGUGAUGGCAGUCCUGCGUUGGAGGGCGUUGAGGAGAUGAAGAUCUGUUCUGCCAUCAUUAACCUGUUCCACCUGAUCCCAGCUGCACCUCAGACUCUGGUCAAACCUCUGCUGGAGGUGGUGAUGAAGACAGAGAGGGCCAUGCUCAUAGAGGCCGGCAGUCCAUUCAGGGAGCCUUUGAUCAAGUUCCUGACACGUCACCCAUCUCAGACGGUGGAGCUGUUCAUGAUGGAGGCUACGCUGAACGACCCCCAGUGGAGUCGCAUGUUCAUGAGUUUUCUGAAACACAAAGAUGCCAAGCCACUAAGAGACGUGCUGGCUUCUAACCCCAACCGCUUCGUCCCUCUGCUUGUCCCCGCUGGCACUGCAGCAACUGUUCGACCUGGAUCUCCGUCCACCACCACAGCCAGAUUGGACCUGCAGUUUCAGGCUAUCAAGAUUAUCAGCAUCAUAGUGAAAAAUGAUGAGGGUUGGCUGGCAGGGCAGCACUCCCUGGUCAGUCAGCUGAGGCGAGUCUGGGUCAGCGAGGCCUUCCAGGAGAGACACCGCAAAGACAACAUGGCUGCCACCAACUGGAAGGAGCCCAAGCUGCUGGCCUUCUGCCUGCUCAGCUACUGCAAGCGUAACUACUCAGAGAUUGAGCUGCUGUUCCAGCUGCUGCGCGCCUUCACAGGUCGCUUCUUAUGCAACAUGACCUUCCUGAAGGAGUAUAUGGAGGAGGAGAUUCCCAAGAACUACUCCAUUGCUCAAAAACGGGCCCUGUUCUUCCGCUUCGUUGAGUUCAAUGACCCUCACUUCAACGAUGAGCUUAAAGCUAAGGUGUUGCAGCACAUCCUCAACCUGGCCUUCCUGCACAGCUUUGAGAAGGGGGAAGGUGAGCAGCUGCUUGGACCGCCCAACCCUGAAGGAGACAAUCCUGAAAGCAUUACCAGUGUCUUCAUCACAAAGGUACUGGACCCGGAGAAGCAGGCCGACCUGCUGGACUCGCUGCGAAUCUGCCUGCUGCAGUUCUCCACCCUGCUGGUGGAGCAUGCUCCCCACCACAUUCAUGACAACAACAAGUCGCGCAACAGCAAACUGCGGCGCCUCAUGACCUUCGCCUGGCCGUGCCUCCUGCCCAAAGCCUGCGUGGACCCGGCCUGCAAAUACAGUGGUCACUUGCUUCUGGCCCACAUCAUUGCAAAGUUUGCCAUUCACAAGAAGAUUGUGCUGCAGGUCUUCCACAGCCUGCUGAAGGCCCACACGAUGGAGGCCCGGGCCAUUGUACGGCAGGCCAUGGCCAUCCUGACCCCAGCUGUGCCGGCCCGCAUGGAGGACGGCCACCAGAUGUUGACGCACUGGACUCGCAAAAUCAUCGUGGAGGAGGGACACACUGUGCCGCAGCUGGUCCACAUACUGCAUCUCAUUGUGCAGCACUUCAGGGUGUACUACCCUGUGCGCCACCACCUGGUGCAGCACAUGAUCAGUGCAAUGCAGCGUCUGGGCUUCACCCCCAGCGUCACCAUAGAGCAAAGGAAACUGGCUGUGGACCUGGCCGAGGUGGUCAUCAAAUGGGAGCUACAGAGGAUCAAAGACCAGCAGCCGGAGUCCGAGGCUGAAGUAGUUGCUGGCGGUGAAGGGACGAGCGGCGGUGCUGUGAAAAGAGGACUGUCUCUGGAAUCUGCCGCCACUGCAUCCGCUGCCGCCGGGCAAGACGUCAAGAGGUUCCGCACGGCGACCGGAGCGGCCUCCACGGUGUUUGGCCGCAGCCAGUCCAUGCCAGGAACAGAGACCAUGCUCACCAAGCCUGUCGAGAAACAACAUACGGACACCGUGGUCAACUUCCUCAUCAGGAUAGCAUGCCAGGUGAACGACAGCACCAACGUGGCGGGGUCUCCGGGGGAGCUGCUCUCCCGUCGCUGCGUUAGCCUCAUGAAGUCUGCCCUCAGGCCUGACAUGUGGCCUCGCGCCGAGCUCAAGCUGCAGUGGUUUGACAAGCUGCUCAUGACCGUGGAGCAGCCAGCCCAGGCUAACAUCUCCAACAUCUGCACCGGGCUGGAGAUCCUCUGCUUCCUGCUGACGGUGCUGCAGUCCCCGGCCAUCCUGGCCCAUUUUAAGCCCCUCCAGCGGGGCAUCGCCGCAUGCAUGACCUGCGGCAACACCAAAGUCCUGCGGGCCGUCCACUCCCUCCUUUCUCGCCUCAUGAGCAUCUUCCCCACCGAGCCUAGCACAUCAACGGUGGCAUCGAAGUAUGAGGAGUUGGAGUGUCUGUAUGCUGCUGUGGGCAAGGUCAUCUAUGAGGGACUUACCAACUACGAAAAAGCCACGAGCAACACUAACCCCACACAGCUCUUCGGAACACUGAUGAUCCUGAAGUCAGCCUGCAGUUACAACGCCAGCUACAUCGACCGCCUCAUCUCGGUGUUCAUGCGCUCGCUGCAGAAGAUGGUGCGCGAACACCUGAGCCCCCAGCAGGCCAACCCAGGGGUCACGGAAACCAGCACGGUGACCAGCGAGCUGGUGAUGCUGAGUCUUGACCUGGUGAAGACUCGCCUGUCCGUCAUGAGCAUGGAAAUGAGGAAGAACUUCAUCCAGGUCAUCCUCACGUCGCUGAUUGAGAAGUCACCCGACCCCAAAAUCCUCCGUGCUGUCGUCAAAAUUGUUGAAGAGUGGGUGAAGAACAAUUCUCCAAUGGCUGCGAAUCAGAUGCCCAACCUACGCGAGAAGUCCAUCCUGCUGGUGAAGAUGAUGACCUACAUAGAGAAGCGCUUCCCCGACGAACUUGAGUUAAACGCCCAGUUCCUGGACCUCGUUAAUUACGUCUACAGGGACGAGAGCCUUUCAGGAAGUGACAUCACGUCCAAGUUGGAGCCGGCCUUCCUCUCGGGACUUCGGUGCAGUCAGCCGCUGAUCAGAGCCAAGUUCUUUGAGGUGUUUGACUCCUCCAUGAAGCGGCGCGUGUACGAGAGGCUGCUCUACAUCUGCUGCUCUCAGAACUGGGAGGCCAUGGGCAGCCACUUCUGGAUCAAACAGUGCAUAGAGCUGCUGUUGGCGGUGUGUGAACGAAACACCAUCAUCGGCACCAGCUGCCAGGGAUCCAUGCUGCCCUCCAUCACUAACGUCAUCAACCUGGCUGACAGCCACGACCGCGCUGCCUUCGCUAUGGCGACACAUGUCAAGCAGGAGCCACGUGAGAGUCAGACCAGCGAGACCAAGGAGGAGGAUGUGGAGAUAGACAUAGAAUUAGCACCAGGUGACCAGACCGCCAUCCCCAAGACCAAGGAGCAGGCUGAGAGAGACGCAGGCAACCAGCUGCACAUGCUGACAAACCGCCACGACAAGUUUCUCGACUCACUACGGGAGGUCAAGACAGGGGCACUUCUGAACGCUCUGGUCCAGCUCUGUCACAUCUCCACACCGCUGGCUGAGAGGACCUGGGUUCAGCUCUUCCCUCGCCUCUGGAAGAUCCUCUCUGACAGGCAGCAGCAUGCUCUGUCAGGAGAAAUGAGUCCUUUCCUGUGCAGCGGCAGCCACCAGGCCCAGAGGGACUGUCAGCCCAGCGCCCUCAACUGCUUCGUCGAGGCCAUGUCCCAGUGUGUGCCUCCCAUUCCCAUCCGCCCGUGUGUGCUGAAGUACUUGGGCAAGACGCACAACCUCUGGCUGCGCUCCACUUUAAUGCUGGAGCAGCAGGCCUUUGAAAAGGGCCUCAGCCUGCACAACAAACCCAAGCAGAGCACCGAGUUCUACGAGCAGGAGAGCAUCACACCACCUCAACAGGAGAUUUUGGACUCUCUAGCAGAGCUCUACUCUCUGCUCCAAGAGGAGGACAUGUGGGCCGGCCUGUGGCAGAAGAGGUGCAAGUUUCCUGAGACCGCCACGGCCAUCGCCUACGAGCAGCAUGGUUUCUUUGAACAGGCCCAAGAAAGCUACGAGAAAGCGAUGGAGAAGGCCAGGAAAGAGCAUGAGAGGAGCAACGUCUCCCCGGCCAUCUUCCCAGAGUACCAGCUCUGGGAAGACCACUGGAUACGCUGUUCUAAGGAAUUGAACCAGUGGGAACCUUUGACAGAAUAUGGCCAAUCCAAAGGCCACUCGAACCCUUACCUCAUGCUCGAGUGUGCUUGGAGGGUUUCCAACUGGGCUGCCAUGAAGGAGGCUCUGGUACAGGUGGAGCUGAGCUGUCCUAAGGAGAUGGCGUGGAAGGUGAACAUGCACCGCGGCUACCUGGCCAUCUGCCACCCGGAGGAGCAGCAGCUCAACUUCAUCGAGCGGCUGGUGGAGAUGGCCUCCAGCCUGGCCAUCCGGGAGUGGAGGAGGCUGCCUCACAUCGUUUCCCACGUUCACACGCCGCUGCUGCAGGCGGCACAGCAGAUCAUCGAGCUGCAGGAAGCGGCCCAGAUUAAUGCGGGUCUUCAGACCGCUAACCUGGGCCGCAACACCAGCCUCCACGACAUGAAGACGGUGGUGAAAACCUGGAGGAACCGACUGCCCAUCGUGUCCGACGACCUGUCCCACUGGAGCAGCAUCUUCAUGUGGCGCCAGCACCACUACCAAGCCAUAGUGACGGCAUAUGAGGCGAACACGCAGCAUGAUCCAAACAACAACAACGCCAUGUUGGGAGUUCAUGCCUCGGCUUCUGCCAUCAUUCAGUACGGCAAGAUAGGACGCAAACAGGGUUUGGUGAACGUGGCUCUGGACAUUCUGAGUCGGAUCCACACCAUCCCCACCGUGCCCAUCGUCGACUGCUUCCAGAAGAUCAGGCAGCAGGUCAAAUGUUAUCUGCAGCUGGCUGGCGUCAUGGGCAAGAAUGAGUGCAUGCAGGGUUUGGAGGUGAUCGAGUCGACCAACCUGAAGUACUUCACCAAGGAGAUGACGGCAGAGUUCUACGCUCUGAAGGGGAUGUUCCUGGCUCAAAUCAACAAGUCAGAGGAGGCAAACAAGGCCUUUUCAGCUGCUGUGCAGAUGCACGAUGUCCUGGUGAAGGCCUGGGCCAUGUGGGGCGACUACCUGGAGAACAUCUUCGUCAAGGACCGCCAGCUCCACUUGGGAGUCUCCGCCAUCACCUGCUACCUCCACGCCUGCCGCCACCAAAACGAGAGCAAGUCCCGUAAAUACCUGGCGAAGGUGUUGUGGCUGCUUAGCUUCGAUGACAAGAACACUCUGGCGGAUGCUGUGGACAAGUACUGCAUUGGAGUCCCGCCCAUCCAGUGGUUGGCCUGGAUACCGCAGCUCCUGACCUGCCUGGUUGGUUCAGAAGGCAAACCUCUGCUCAACUUAAUCAGCCAGGUGAGGCCCUUCUUUCAACCUGUCUUGAGGCAGCUCCAGCAGGGCCUCGCCAAGUGCUACUCGGUUGCCUUCGAGAAGAGCGGCGCCGUGUCCGACGCCAAGAUCACACCGCACACGCUAAACUUUGUCAAGAAGCUCGUUAGCACCUUUGGCGUGGGCCUGGAGAACGUCUCCAAUGUUUCCACCAUGUUCUCCAGCGCGGCCUCCGAGUCGCUUGCCCGUCGGGCUCAGGCCACGGCCCAGGACCCCGUCUUCCAGAAGAUGAAGGGACAGUUCACAACAGACUUUGACUUCAGCGUGCCGGGCUCCAUGAAGCUUCACAAUUUGAUCUCCAAGCUGAAGAAGUGGAUCAAAAUCCUGGAGGCCAAGACCAAGCAGCUGCCCAAGUUCUUCCUCAUCGAGGAGAAGUGCCGCUUCCUCAGCAACUUCUCUGCACAGACGGCCGAGGUGGAGAUCCCCGGGGAAUUCCUCAUGCCCAAACCUACACACUAUUACAUCAAGAUCGCCAGGUUCAUGCCGAGAGUGGAAAUCGUCCAGAAACACAAUACAGCGGCACGCCGUCUCUACAUCCGCGGCCACAAUGGCAAAAUCUACCCGUACCUGGUGAUGAACGACGCUUGCCUGACCGAGUCGCGCCGCGAGGAGAGGGUCCUGCAGCUUCUCCGGCUCCUCAACCCGUGUCUGGAGAAGAGGAAGGAGACCACCAAGAGACACCUCUUCUUCACUGUGCCCAGAGUGGUGGCAGUGUCGCCUCAGAUGCGGCUGGUAGAGGACAACCCUUCAUCUCUGUCAUUGGUGGAAAUCUACAAGCAACGCUGUGCCAAGAAGGGCAUCGAACACGACAACCCCAUUUCCCGGUAUUACGAUCGUCUGGCCACGGUGCAGGCCAGAGGCACUCAAGCCAGCCACCAGGUCCUGCGGGACAUCCUGAAGGAGGUGCAGGGCAACAUGGUGCCCCGCAGCAUGCUGAAGGAGUGGGCCCUCCACACCUUCCCGAACGCCACCGAUUAUUGGACCUUCCGGAAGAUGUUCACCAUCCAGCUGGCCCUGAUAGGCCUGGCCGAGUUCAUGCUCCACCUCAACAGGCUCAACCCCGAGAUGCUGCAGAUCGCACAGGACACCGGAAAGCUGAACGUCUCCUACUUCCGCUUCGACAUCAACGACGCCACAGGCGACCUGGACGCUAACCGUCCGGUUCCGUUCCGUCUGACGCCGAACAUCUCCGAGUUCCUGACCACCAUCGGCGUCUCCGGCCCCCUCACCGCCUCCAUGAUUGCUGUGGCACGAUGCUUCGCACAGCCUAACUUUAAGGUGGACGGCAUCCUGAAGGCGGUCCUUCGCGACGAGAUCAUCGCGUGGCACAAGAAGACCCAGGAGGACACGUCCAUGCCGCUGUCGCCCGCCGGCCAACCGGAGAACAUGGACUCCCAGCAGCUGGUCUCGUUGGUCCAGAAGGCCGUCACGGCCAUCAUGUCCCGCCUCCAUAACCUGGCUCAGUUCGAGGGAGGAGAGAGUAAAGUCAACACACUGGUGGCUGCAGCCAACAGCCUGGACAAUCUGUGUCGCAUGGACCCGGCCUGGCACCCCUGGCUCUGAGAAAACCGAGCGAAGAGGAGGCAAAGGGAAAGAAAACGUGAUGUUGUUUACUUUUAUUACGUAUCUGACGAACACGGACAACUGUUACAUGUAUGUUGGUCUUCACCGUAACAAAAGCCUGAUGGACUCCUCUCUCUCUCUCUCUCUCCAACAAAGGACACUGAAAUAGUUAAAGCAGAAUCAAGUGGAACAAAAGGCCCCGACUGUCACAUUGAUAGUCUUAAGAGGGCUUCCCAGUAUACAUAAUAGUUAUAUCUGGACUGAUUCUGAAUCUUUUUUUAUCAAAACACAAUUUCUCCCUCCACUUCUAUUUAUUUUUAUAACUAAAGGACGGGGACUGUGUGUGAUGCCAGUUGUCCUGUCUGACAAGGAGACGGUACAAAUACUUUGUGCAGGUUUAAUGGGCUCACAUGAGCUCACAGGGGUUUGUUUCUUUUUAAUUUAAGAGAUGGGGAAAUCUUCUGUUGUUAGCUUUAGCUGUGUUGUACCAUUUUUACACUUUAUUUCCUCCUAAAAUAGCCAUUUGUCCUCUCAAAUCUCUAUUUGUAUUUAAACCGAAACACGUGUUCCUGCAGAAUGAGGACAUUUGUUGUCCUGUGAAACAGAUUAUGCUAUUGUUUUUUUUUUUGCCUGAACUUUAUCAACAUGUCUGAGUAGUUCAAAAGCCGUUUUUCGUUGCAUUUCUUUUGUCUGUCCAUCGGCCGUGUUGUAAUGUAACAAAGUCAAACUUCAGGGCGGAUUCACACUGUAAUAAGCUGUAACAGCUGCAAUGCAAAUAUGUCAUUCCCCAGCUGGUUGUGUAUGCAUAUACUCCCCUUUUUUGUAAAAGCGCAAUGCUUUUUUUCAGCAGAAGUAUUAUCGCUUGCCUUGUAAAUAUACAUUUUGUUUUAAUAAAAUGCUCUUUUUUUAAUACG